CUUCUGAGAAGAAUGACUGCCAAGAAUUCCUCUGUGACAGAGUUCAUCCUGGCAGGCCUGACAGACCAUCCAGGACUCCGCAUGCCUCUCUUCUUCCUGUUUCUAGGUUUCUACAUGGCCACUGUGGUGGGGAACCUGGGCUUGAUCUCACUGAUAGGGCUGAACUCUCACUUGCACACCCCCAUGUACUUCUUUCUCUUCAAUCUUUCUGCAAUAGAUUUCUGUUACUCCUCCACCAUCAUCCCCAAAAUGCUGAUGAGUUUUAUCUCAAAGAACAUCAUCUCACACCCAGGGUGUAUGACACAGCUCUUUUUUUUCUGUUUCUUUGUUGUCUCUGAGUCCUUCAUUCUGUCAGCCAUGGCAUAUGACCGUUAUGUUGCCAUCUGUAACCCCCUGAUGUACACAGUCACCAUGUCUUCUCAAUUGUGUUUUCUCCUUUUACUGGGUGUGUAUGUGAUGGGUUUCUCUGGAGGCAUGGCCCACACAGGAAACAUAAUGAAUCUGACCUUCUGUGCUGACAACCUUGUCAAUCACUUCAUGUGUGACAUCCUUCCUCUUCUGGAGCUGUCCUGUAACAGCUCCUUCACAAAUGAGUUGGUAGUCUUCAUUGUUGUGGCUUUUGAUAUCGGUGUGCCCAUUGCUACCAUCUUCAUUUCUUAUGCCCUCAUCCUCUCUAGCAUUCUUCACAUGCAUUCCACAGAGGGCAGGUCCAAGGCCUUCAGCACCUGCAGCUCCCACAUGAUUGUGGUUUGUCUAUUCUUUGGUUCUGGGGCUUUCAUGUACCUCAAGCCACCUUCCAUUUUGCCCCUUGACCAAGGAAAAGUGUCUUCCUUGUUCUACACCAUUGUGGUGCCCAUGUUGAACCCUCUGAUCUAUAGCUUGAGAAAUAAGGAUGUCAAAGUUGCUCUGAGGAAAACCCUUGUCAGGAGAGUAUUUUCUUAA